AUGGCACAUCAAUCACGGAUUCAUGGAAUUCUAAUCGUUGCACAUUCUUCAGCAUUCGCUGGCGAAUGGAAUGACGCCGCUGAUGUACGCCGUCAAAGAGAACAGAACGACUUACAUGGACCGCCUCAUCGACCUCGGCUGCGAUGUAACUGCUCGCAACAAUGUGGUCUAUUGCCUACUAUGGAGACAUCCAUUGUUGGUAGAGACUUCCCCAAAUCUUUCAAUUAUUCUAUCUAG